CAGCACCAAACGCUGCCAUGAACCCCAACCUGCACCCUCACCAAUGUAACCCAGUGGCCAGACAUCAACGAGAAAAUAGAAGGGGCUAGGUAGGCAGCUUGCUGUUGCCUGCGCUGUCGCCGACCUUGAUUAACAGUCGUCAAUUCUCACCUCCUACGAAGAUACGCAAGCUCUCUCUCAUCCUGUAAGGGCCACGAGGGUGCUUGACGAAGCUCGUAUGCUUCUAUCAUGCCGAUCAAGAAAGAGCACCAGGCACUCUUUGAGAGGCAUCGGAUCAAGUGCAACAUUGUCUUCAAAGACGUCCUUGCUCCAGAUGAUUGGCCGACAACCCAUCGUAAUGUAUUCAAAUCUAUUGAAGAUAUCAAAUCAUACAGGUACAACACGUACUCGACAGCUCAGGACGAUAUAGAAGAAAGACCAUGGAGACGUCAAGCUAAGGAAUAUGCACGAAAGCUAACACAAAGGGCUAAAGAUUGUGUGUCGAGGAACGAGGCGACGUGGAGGUUCGCCUGCGAGCCACUGAUAUUCAAUCGAUUGGCCGCAGAGGUCGCAUGCAAAAGAUGUCGCCAGAGGGUAUGGCGAUCUGAGGUCGAAGUCAAUGUAGAUGGAGACAGCAAUGCGGCCUUGAGCCUAAGACAACGUCAGGCAAAUCGCGACCGUUGCCAUUGUCCUCGAAACUCAAGACCAGAUGAUGAAGAUGAAAGAGUAGGACUUAACAAUCUCUUUAUACAUAGAGCGGAGGAUAGAGUUGAGCAUCCCAAACAACUCGCAAAUGUUCUACCGCAAGGUCUAUAUCCAGAUCGCAUAUACGGGCUACGACAGACCAGAAACUUCGAGAAUCUCCUCUUGACGCCUCUUGCAGAUGGUCGAUUCCUCGAGUCUCUGGUGCAAGUUCAACCCCAUUCCGGCGGGGGUGAGUCUAUGCUGUUCCCCUUUAUGGUCGUCGAAGCCAAGGCUGGUAAGGCAGCAUAUGAAUGGGACACUAUUCUCCGGGACACGGCUUUCCCGAUCUACACAUACCUUAAUGCCCAACAGAGUCUUAUAAUAGCCAAUGCGCAGAGAUCUCGCUGGACAGCAGGACCGUUGGUCUGGUUUUUCAUGAGCAAGGGGCAGGACUGGCGGUUAUAUCUUGCUUAUCAAGAACGAACCUCAGCCUCCAUGUGUAGAACGGAUAUCGUGCUGGUAUGGUAUGGCGAUAUAAGGAAUCCGGAUGAUGCGCUUCAACUAUUUCUUCUCGUGGAUUAUAUGGCGGACUGGGCCCGCGACGCCUACCGGCCUGCCAUUCUCACCGAACUCAAAGUACUAGCCUCCGCCAACGGUCACACUGGGACAUCACAUACGGACACGGAUAUCUAUUCGUCCAGGAACGCCUUGCCAGCCAUCAACGAGACUCAAGGGUCAAUGGAAGAGUCACCCGACUGCAUCGGUGUGCAAGAAGCUUUCAGAAGGUUUGACAGCAAACACGGAGCUUUUCGUCAUAUCAGCCCAAUCAAGUCCAGGUUCCUUUCUAUAUUCGUCACAGCGGAUAAUCUCUCGACCUUUAACUCUUCUCUGCCGAACAGCGACAGAGUAUUCAUCAUACGCAAGAUACUGAACAAACUAUUUUCGAAUGAGCCCAAACCAAUCCUCCUCGGAAUGGACGAGCUCAACAAUAUAGAAAAGUGCUGGACUGGCCAGUCAGGAACAGGCGUCCCUUACCGCUUCCAGGGGGCCAAGUUCUAUACGGUCCAUUACCGCUUCCAGGGGGUCAAGUUCUAUACGGUCCACCAAAUAACGUACUAUAUGUCUGCUUCCUGGGAACAGAUCCGAGAUCUCACCGUCGUUUCCAUUGCUGAAAAUGCCCUCGAAAGUUUGGUUUCGUUAUCCGGGUUGAAAGGCCGUAGAUCUCGGACGCCACUUGUACAAGGAGAUAUACAUUCGGGCAAUUCUCUCAUUGAACGCCUACGCAUACUCCAUGUUGCUUCUGCUCAACGCACUUUACUGGCAACUAUGUCGAGGGUUGCGGGUUAUAUCGACAAUACCUCUGCUCUGGCCUGGGACUCCUGGCCAUGCAGGGAAAGUGACGUCUGCAUCUGGCAAUUGGUGAAUAAUGUAUACAAAUAUCAUACGCGAGGGGAGCUGGAGCCAGACUUACCUUUUCUCCACAUGUCAUCAUCCCACCAAAUGCAACGAGUUGAUCCAGAAAACCAUGAAUCUCUGACAGUCUCGGGUGCAGGGGCUGUUUUGAUUUAUGGAUCACCAAUUGCGUUGCGAGAUCAACAGAAGGCGCCUAAUAUUUGCGCUUAUAUUGUGCAUGGGCUUUCUCAACCACCACCAAGCUCGCACAAACUAGCACGGAUGGUCAAAUCGACCUUCGAAGAUUGCGAUGUCUAUCAUACGACUAGGGGUAGUGGUACCUGGAAUUUGCGGCAUAAAUCGGCGUACCGCAAUGCGAACUGGAACAUAGAGCAGUCCUACAGUUUCGUCCUCCCCAAUGGAGACAAAAUAUUCGCCAGGUGGUUCAAGUGGUUGCGGAUAUCGGCGCGUGAAAGACAAGGCUCACCUAAAGGUGCUCAUAAUACAGCGGGACUCGCCUUAGUAUCCCAACCAGCGACAGUUGAGCGCCUGGCAUCGGGUAGCGAUUUCGUAGACGAAUCAACUUUGACGUUCCACGAAUUGGUGGACAGAUUACUACCAAACGCCGAUGAAUUGCCAGAGGAAUCAGGGUUGCAUGCCAAUGAACCGUCAGACAAGGGAGAGACCAGAGACGCAUGUGUUCAGUAUGGGAAGGUAUUCGGCUGGAUUCAGUGGGAUGUGGACAGCAUGCUUGACGACUCGACUGAACACGAAUAUUGGAGCUCUUCAGAGCUUGACAGCGUUUGCAUCCUAGAUGAUUGCAGUUGCACGGAAGAGGAUAGCGUCUACAACACGGGCGAUGGGCAGACACUUCAGCCAGCAACGAAUGAAAGGAGAACCGGGGGAACCCAGCUCAAAUGGAUUAACUGGGAUGUGAAUACCAUGUUGGAAAUACUGAAUGAAGACCAUUACGAUUCCACCAGCUCUUGGGAGCGUUCGAGCGUAUCCACCGAAGAAUUGAAUGAAUACGAUUCCGACAGCUCUUGCUAGUAGGAGAUUGUAGUUAAAUUGGGAGAACGGGUUUGACGAUGCGGACAAUCUACAAACAGCCCAUUAACGAAUAUAUAAGACACAGAGGGAGGAGUUGACAGAAUAAAGGAAGAUAAUAAAGAAAUAUACGCAAGUUGUUAGUACUCUGACCCCUGUUGACACCAAGGGUAGGGUCCAAUUUGAUUAAUGGUGUGAACUACUAUGCUCUGCAUCUUCUCGUUGCCGUUGGAGACAUGGAUCGUGUCCGUGCUCUUUCCGAUCCAGACCAUCGAGGAGCGUACUUAAUCACUUAACCUCGGACACUGAUAUUCGAGGGGUCUAUAAAGAAGUAGG